CUAUUUAAGACCUAAAAAAAGACAGGCAAAAAAUCUUGCUCUUUUAUAAUUUUCAAACUCUUAAAGCCAGCCUUUUACAUCAACCAUGUCUGCUUCUUCUUUCCCAGUUCCUGCUAACCUUCAUUCCGGUAAGGUUGAUGAGUCCAACUCUCAAGCCGAAAAUUUCAAGAUCAAGGCUGGUUUAGCCCAAAUGCUAAAGGGUGGUGUCAUCAUGGAUGUCAUUAACGCUGAACAAGCUAGAAUUGCCGAAGAAGCUGGUGCUUGCGCUGUCAUGGCUCUUGAACGUGUCCCUGCUGAUAUCCGUAAGAACGGUGGCGUUGCUCGUAUGUCUGAUCCCAAGAUGAUCAAAGAAAUCAUUGAAGCUGUCACUAUCCCUGUCAUGGCCAAGGUCCGUAUUGGUCACUUUGUUGAAGCUCAAAUCAUCGAGUCUAUUGGCGUUGAUUAUAUCGAUGAAUCCGAAGUUUUAACCCCUGCCGAUGAGGCCAACCACAUCCACAAGCACAACUUCAAGGUACCUUACGUUUGUGGUGCCAAGAACCUCGGUGAAGCUCUUCGCCGUAUCAAUGAAGGUGCUGCUAUGAUCCGUACCAAGGGUGAAGCUGGUACUGGUAACGUCGUCGAAGCUGUUCGUCAUAUGCGUACUGUCUCUGCCGAAAUUCGUCGCGCUUCUGCCAUGACUGACGAGGAACUCUAUGCUUAUGCUAAGGAUAUUCAAGCCCCAUACAACUUACUCAAAGAAACUGCCAAGUUAGGCCGUCUCCCUGUUGUCAACUUUGCUGCUGGUGGUGUUGCUACUCCAGCUGAUGCUGCGCUUAUGAUGCAAUUGGGUUGUGAUGGUGUCUUCGUUGGUUCUGGUAUCUUCAAGUCUGGUGACCCCGCCAAGCGUGCUAAGGCUAUUGUCCAAGCUGUCACCCACUACAAUGAUCCUAAGGUCUUGGCUGAGGUUUCUGAAGAUCUCGGUGAAGCUAUGGUUGGUAUUAACUUGGACGAAUUAAACGAAAACGAAAAGUUCGCCAAACGUGGUUGGUAAUUUAUUUAAAUAUACCAUCUCUUCCAUCUAUUCCAUCUAUCAUUUUUAAAUUAUUAUCUUGAUAACUAUACAUAUUUAAACAACCUAUUCUUUGUAAAGAAUCAUGAUUUUUUGUACUUAUAAUAAACCAUUAUCUCAUCUGCU